ACUGGACUGGCCCUGGCCGGGGUGAUUGCGGCGGUUGCUGGGGUUCAGGGGAGCUUCGCUCCGGCCCCGCAGCCCAGGCAGCAGUGCGGCCAGCAGCCAGAUGUGCACGGAGUCGCCGAAGCAGAUGACAGCGAGCAGCCCGGAGACCACGGGCGCCUUCAGGAACUAACGUGACCUGCUCCUGAAAACAGGUUGCCUGCGGAGCCCCGGACGCCCCCGACGGCGCUGACCGCCACCCGAUGAACGGCGGUGGCAAUGGCGCGGGGACGCGGGGUCGGUGCUGCGGAGUGAAUUGCAGUCUCACCAAUGGACCUGAUUGGUUUUGGUUAUGCAGCUCUUGUUAUCUUUGGAAGCAUUUUGGGAUAUAAACGGAGAGGUGGUGUUCUGUCUUUGAUUGCUGGAAUUUUCAUUGGAGUUUUGGCUGGCUAUGGCGCUUACCGUGUCUCCAAUGACAAACGGGAUAUAAAACUGUCACUAUAUACAGCUUUCUUCCUGGCCACCAUGAUGGGUGUGAGAUUUAAGAGAUCCAAGAAAAUAAUGCCUGCUGGGCUGAUUGCAUGUUUGAGAAAAAGAGAUGCUGCUCUACUGAGCUCCCAGUGUAUGGAAUGGAGUUCACAUUUGUUCAUCAUCCGUCACACGCUGGGCAAUCUCAUAAAUGAAUCUUCAUUUUAUUCUACCAAAGUCACCUAAGGUGAAUUUUGUUUUAAUUAUUAUUUUUACAGUUGGGGUAAUGAGUUUUCUAGAGUAGCCUACUGAAAGUAAGCGCUAGGCCAGGUAUUCAACACCCCUCUAUUCAAGCCAAAGUCUAGACUUUAACUUCAGUAUUAGUGUUUUUCAAAAAUGUGCCUGACAAUCCCUCAGUGGAAUGUGGAAUCCACUAGUUUAAAAAAUAAAGCAGAAAAGAAUAGAAAGUGUCAUGCGGAUAGGGUGAUAUCUGAGUUUUAAAUUGCAUUGUUUAUCCUCAAGGUUUUUCCGUAUAUAGUGAACUGCAACCUAACUUUAUAUGUAGACAGACUGUCACUCACUCUUGGGACAAGUAGUUGAGACUUCCUAAAGCAGGUGGCCAAGUCUUCAACUACUAUUCAAAUAAAAUGGAGGAGAGAUGUAACCAGUGGGGCUGUCUCUGUACCUUUCACUUCUUUUUCUCUGAUUAUAAAUAUUGUAUGUCCCUGUUGUUGUCUCUUUUUUAUCUGUAACUCUGUCCAAUUCUAGAAUCACAAAGCUAAUUAAGAGUUGUAAAAGUAUUUUUGUUGCAAUUUUCUCUUUUCACAUGAGUUUUUGGUUCAGCUGUGUGUAAAUCGUCUACAGAUGGAUGUGUGCACCUGUGCUUGCUCAUUUGAUCACGGUAAAUAGAAAUAGACAUUGAUUCAGUUCCAUCAAGGGAGUUUGAGGCUCUUGCUCUUGCUCAGGCUGCUUGGGAGGCAGAACAGAGCAGAGAAUCAGAGAAUGUAACCCAGCGGCUUCAGGGGUGGAUGUAACUAAAGAAUCACGAGUGUGAUAACAAACCCAGAGGACACAUGAAAAACAGCAGUCCCAGCGCCAGAACUUGGGUAGGAACAGUUACAUUUUUUCCCCAAGUCCCAAGGUCUAUUAUGAAACAGUGAGAUUAUUCUUGCAAAGUUUUGUUGUUAAGUUUGGGACAAAAAUGUACUUGUCUUUCCCAAUGGUUGUAUUUCUGAAAAAGUAUGUGUGACUUCAAUUUUAGACAUUAAAAUGCUUUAAGUGUUUAUAUGUUAUAUCGUGAAACUUGGUUAAUUUAACCUUUAGAAAGUAAAAAAAAAAUUUAGGAACAUACUUAAGUCAUCUGUCUUAGAACUGGAGACUGCGUAUUGUGCUUUCUUGGCAGGAAAAGGGAGGUGGUAGGAGCCAGCAGAAUGAAAGGGAGAGGGAGGCUCACACUAGUGUGGGAGCUGUGUGCAGCCGUGAGAAAUUGAAGUGGCUGGCACCGAGCGAGUCCAGUCCCCACUCAGCUCCCUUAGCCAUUGACUGAGGAUCACUUUACAAAGGGAGCUGAAUUGUGAUCUUACAAAGUAUUUAUCAGAACUCUCUUCCUGAUAAGUAGCUUUCUCCCCCUUCCAAAUUCCAAACACCAGGCCAAGACUGGGCAAAGUGGCCACAAAGCCCGAGUGGGUCAGCAGAAUCUGAGAAGGAAGACGGGUCUUGCUCCUGACCUUCACAGUCAGCAGCUAGGGGGGGAGUCUGCCCUCACCGCUGCCCUGGGAAACAGCCCCCAGUGUCCUCCUUACAGAGGAGCCCUGAAGGUCAGUCAGAGA